UUCUGGUGCUAUAAUCAUAGAGAAAAUGUAAAUGAAUAUCUCUUUAUCAGUUUUGAUAAGAUAAUCGUAUAAAUGUAAUGUAUGUAUGUACUGAUAAGUGCUCCUAUUUUUACUCUUGAAAUGUAAGUAUCUAUAUAACCAAUACUCUACAUGUGAAUAUAUUUAUAAUGGCUUCAAAUAGUGAUGAAAAUCAAAUUAAUAUACCAGCGGCAGUGCUGAGAGUAGAAACUGAAACAACAAGCUAUCACCACGAACCGCCACCACCGUACUAUUCUGCGGGCACAGCAGUAACAGAACGGCCUAUCAUCCAUCAGACAAUAAUAAUACAAGCAUCACUGAGAGAUAAACCUAUGUUAUACGAGUGUUCUGCUUGUCGAGAAACAGUGUUUACGAAAGUGCGUUAUGUUAAUUCUCAAAAGACACAUUUAAUAGCCGGUUUUAUAUGUGGCUUCACAGUAUGGUGCAUGCUAUGCUGCUUGGCUGCUAUACCUUAUUUUGUGCCAGCAUUUAAAAAGGCUGAACACUACUGUCCAAUUUGCAAUCAAUUUCUUGGUUCUUAUACAAAAAUCUGACAUCAAAUUAAUAGUCUUGGUCUUAACAGAAAUACACAUAUGGAAUUGCCCAUGUGUACAUUAAAUCCUUACAGUUAGACAUUUUAUUUUAUAUUGUAGGAGGAUGCUCCACAUUAAACUAUGACCUAUCAAAUUUCAAACAAAAAUUACUUAUUUAAAAUGUAAUAGUUUUAGAUAAUUAUUAAUUGCAGUUUUUCAUGUAAAGUAGUAUAUAGGCAGAUAAUACAAAGCUAUAAUUAUUUACCCAGCUUACAAUCCAUAUAAUUAUGUAUCCUCCUUAAUACGGACCUUGUCCUUACUUUGUAAAAUAAUAGUGGUGUGCAUAAUAAAUGUGUAUUUAUUCUAUACAUUUUAAUAACAAAUGAUGAAAUCUAAUACUCAACACAUUUUAAAUGUUCAGGAACAGAAUUAAAAAAAAAAUAGAUUUAUCAUAACAAUUUCAGAUAGGGUAGCAAAAGCCUUUGGCUUCUAUUAUUUCCAAAUUUAUUUGAUUUUAUAUUUAUAUGAGGGAAAGAUUUUAUAAUUUUUAAAAUAUAAAUGAUAUUUUAUAGAUAUUAACAUCAAUAUUGGUGCUGCUCAUUGAUGAAAAGUGUCCAUACUUAAGUAUCAUAUGUACAUUUACUGACAAUUUAGAAAAAAUAAAUGUUCAAUAUUCCUGAAUGAAUAUCUACAAACUUUAUAAAGUAAAAUAUUAAUCACAGGCUGCUCAUAAAUUUCCCACUAUAUUGCUACUUUUUUAUAUAUUGUUUUAUAUGUAAUUAGCAAUAUUAUUUUCAAUAUAUUUUAAUAUUAUAUAUUAAAACAUAAUUAGUACAUGAAUAUUUUUGUACAAUAAAGUGGUAUUUUAGUAAAA